GACUACGCGUCUUUCGGUCGGGACUUGGGGCAGGUUUGGCGGCAGGCCUUAAGCGAGGCCUCACCUGCAAAGCAGCAGGAGCCAAAGGACCCUGUGCCUGUUGGAUCAAAGAGUCCGACAUCUUCAGAUGAGAUUUUGGAGGUCACUUCCGCCCUGCUGCUCAGCUUUUUUGGCCACGGAACAGACGGCCACGAUCUUUUCCUCUGGGAGCGGCCCUUGUCCUUCAACAAGUGCAUCCAGCAGGAGGUGCUCCAACUGCAGGCCGUCUGGAGCUCCGUCGGCGAUGUGCUCCGGGCGGGAAGCGGCGCGUCCCCUUCCGCGAGACUUUGGAGUUUCUCCACCCCGGACGAGCAAGUUACUCAUCAAGAAGUGCAGAAGCUGGCUGAGCUGGGACAGAUCUUGCAGAAGCUUCCCGGCAUCUUGGGCGACUGCGGAUUGCACGGAACCACACGGCAGAUGUUCCAGCAGUCUCUGGCAGUUUUCAAGAAACCGCCGAAGCCGAUCCUCGGGGCCGCGGCCUCGUCCCUGCUGGCGCUGCAGCAGCACUGGCAAGGCCAGGCCUGGCAGGA